GGAAAAACCAACUGUUUAUCUUUUGUGCAAGUAUUACACCUCACAAGGAAACAUAAGAGUUAAUUCAAGAUGGCUACCAGUGAGCUGAAUCAGUUUCUGGAAAAUGUUGAUGAGAAAAUCUUAGAGUGCACUAUAUGCUUUAAGAGACUUCAAAAUCCUAAAUCCCUCAACUGCCUCCAUACUUUUUGUUUGGCAUGUCUUGAAGAUUGGGUAAGGAAAGAAAAGGGUAAGCUGACCUGCCCAACUUGUUCAAAAUCAUAUCCUAUUCCAGAGGGCGGACUUCAGAAGCUUUCACCAAAUACCAUUUUGAAUAACUUAUUAGAAACUAUUGAACAAUUUUCAGAAAUAAAUCAGAUGAAAUGUAUCUGUGGAAAACGACAGGCAAAAUACUACUGCCAGGAAUGUAGACACUACUUGUGCUGUACUUGUAGUGACCAUCAUAAAAUAUUGCCAAUAUCUGCAAAACACAAGCUACAUUCAGUGGAGGAAGUACAAUCAAUGACACCUUUACAGAUUGCAUCGUUACAUCCUCCGCUGUGUCCACUUCACAAUGAGCCUUUUAAAUUUUUCUGCUGCAUAUGCAAUGUUCCAAUAUGCAUGCAUUGUGUAAUUACUGACCACAGUGUAGGGGAAGGAAAUCACAAACCAAUCAGCAUUUCUAAAGCAUUCCAAACAUUUAAAGAAACUUCAGCAACAUUGGAGGAAGCUGCCAAUGAAUGCAAAAACAAAUUACAAGAUGGCCUCAAAGCAGUUAUUCAGAUUGCUACAGAUUUGGAACAAAAUAAAAAUUCAUGUUUAAGAGAUAUUGAUAAUCAUGUGCAAGUAAUGGUCAAGAAAAUGAAAGAAAAUGGUGAUCAAAUAAAGAAUGAAGUAGAGACAAUAUAUAAAAGGAAAAAGAAGGUGUUAGAUGUACAAAUUGAGGAAUUGAAAACAACUAUAUUUGACAUAAAUACAAAACUGAGUUUUCUUAAUCAGUUAUUGAAGAGUGAUGAGGCUACAGCAAUGCAAUCAAGUGAAACAGUAAUUACAGCACUGAAAGUAAGAACUAAUGAAUUGCCAAAAGCAAAGCCAAAUGACAAUGGACAAAUUAAAUUCUUCAAAAACAAACAGCAAAUUACUUCGUUGCAAUGUGAUAUUGGGUAUGUAUCACACAUGAGGGCUGCAGACUGUUUAACUUUAAAAGGAGAAGAAUUUGUGACCCCAGGUCAGAUAAUUGUCAAAAUAAUUAAAACUGAUGAAUGUAAAAUACAUGCAAAUCAACUGAAGGCAACAUGGACAAAGCCUGCAGGAGAAACCAACAUCACCAGAGUUCAAAAAGAUGAAAAAGGAGACUAUUUUGUGACACUUGGCAAAUGCACAAGUCUGUGUAUUUAUAAACUAGAUGUGAGUGCUGAUGGUGAACCAAUCAAGCAAUCACCAUUGACAAUCAAAGUACAGAAGGAAGGACUAGUAAAUACAAUUCAACUAAACCAAGUUAUUUGCGAUUUAGUUAAGUGUGAAGAUGAUUGCUUGCUUGUUUCGAAUGUGAGUAAUGAAAUACACAAGUUCAAGCUAUCAGGAGAAUACAUUGGUAAGAUUACACUACCAAAAGAUGUAAGUGUUUACAGAAUGUACAAAAUGAAGAAUGGUAACAUAGCAUUCAGUGACUAUAAUGUUUGUAUCAGAAUAUGCAAUAUGCAUGGUCAGGUGAUCAAAUCAAUUGGUCAGGGAGUACUGAUGUAUCCACAAGGUGCAUAUCUGGAUGAGGCAUCAAAUUUUAUUUAUGUAGCUGAUUGGUGUAUUGAUUAUGUGUAUAUGUUUGACAUUGAUAGUGGCAAGAUGAUCAAGAAGAUAGGAUCAAGAGGCUACGAAAAAGGUCAAAUGAAUUUAGUCUGUGAUAUGACCCUUACAAACCAAGGGCAUAUCCUUGUAUUAGAUUCCGGCAGGUUACAACUGUUCCAUAAAUGGGGAAGGUUCAUGAAAGUCCUUGUCAAAGAAGGUGACAAAAAUGGUGAACUGAGGAAACCACGUGGAGUAGUAGUUGAUGAGGAUGACAACAUUAUUAUAUCAAGUCAUCACAAACUACAGCUAUUCAGUAGUGAUGGAAAAUUUAUUAAAAGAAUUGAUGAAGAAGAAGAUGGAAUUAAUUCUCCCUGGGGAUUAUCUAUCAUUUCAUACCUUCCACGAAGAGUUGCUGUAGCAAAUAAUGUUGUUGAAAGUCGGCAUGAGAGGCAGAAUAUAAAAAUAUUUAAUUAUUGAAGUUUGAAAUGUUCAACUCUGUUGGUUAUAUGGAAUAUUAUUAUGUAUUAACAUACCACAUACUUAUUGAUUUCUUAAUACAAUAAAGCUGUAAAUCACACUUAAUAUUAGUAGUUACAGAAUAUAUAGUAUAGUAGUAUUAGUGAUGCUAGUCUUUGUGUUUGUGACAUGAUUAUAUAGGCAUAUAGGGUUGUAGCUAUAGAAAACUAAGUCCGGGUGGUAGACAUCUUAAGGGAAAAAAUAUUGGGAAAAAUUCUGUUGUUGCAUCAUGCAUGCAUUGGCCCCACAUUUGUCAAACCUAAGCCAAGGUCUAUUUUAAUGUAUAGUUUGAUUUCAGUCAAAAUCUUUUCUCAAAUGAGUAAUGUGAGUGAGAAAGGUUUUAAAUAAAUAUGUUAAACAUAAUUUUUUGAAAUUUUAAGUCCGCUUGCGGAAGGCAACACAAUUUUUUUGGGCAAGUGGUCUUGAAUUGAAAAGUUGUAUUAUGCACUGAUAGACAAACAAAAGGAAAUGGAUGAUGGAGA